UUGGCCUGCGAUUGGUAGCUGUCCCGGAUGACUUGGCGAUGGUGGUUCGGAAACACGCCGACAUUUUUCCAGACGACCUACCGGCGGGUUUGCCACCUGAGCGAGAACAUGACCACAAAAUCGAGCUGGAGCCCGGCGCGCAGCCUCCUGUUCGGACUCAAAUGCAGCUGACUCAGCCCAAGCUAGAUGAACUUCGAAGCCAGUUGGACUACCUGCUCGAGAAAGGUUUCGUUUGCCCCAGCACAUCCCCGUUUGCAGCUCCGAUCCUGUUCACCCCGAAGAAAGAUGGCGGUCUACGAAUGUGUAUUGACUACCGCGCCUUGAACUGGGUUACCAUCAAGUCUCGCUAUCCUAUCCCGCGUGCUGAUGAACUCAUCGACCAACUUCGCGGAGCCAAAUUCUUAUCGAAAAUUGACCUGCGAGGCGGUUACCACCAGUUCUGCGUGAACGAAGCUGACUACUACAAGACGGCGUUUCGGACCCGGUACAGGAGUUACGAGUACACGGUUAUGCCUUUUGGCUUAACAAACGCACCUUCGACGUUCCAGCUAACCAUAAAUGAGGUUUUUCGGCUGCUAAUGGAUAAAUGCGUCAUCGUGUACCUCGACGACAUACUGGUCUACAGCACUACCCGGAAGCAACAUUUGAAGGAUUUUGACAACUGUUUUCUCCCUAUUACAGCAGCACCGACUCAUCACCAAGGGCUCUAAGUGCGAGUUUCUAAAACACGAACU